AUGCCGACGCCGCCGCUGCCGAGGCUGCUGCUCUUCUGCGACUUCCUCGAGUGCCGCGUGCACACGAUGGGCGUGUCGCUGCUGCGCCGCAUGCUCGCCGACUUCUUCGCCGGCAACGAGCACACGCUGCUGGACUUCAUGCGCCUGGGCGGGAGCGUCGUGGCCGUGCUGCCCGUGGAGAGGAGCAGCGCCCGACGCCAGCAAGAAGCUGCGCAGUUGCUCGCGCAGCAGAAACAGACGGAGGCGGAGAACGUCCCCCAAGACACACCGAAUCAGAUGGACACUACUCAACCGACACAGAUGGACCCUUCUCCAUCCGAGCCCUGUGUGUUCCGCUAUCUGCUAGCGCGCGUGGCGACCAAGAACAUUUUGUGGCUGCGGGACAUGUUCAGAGAGUUCUGCAGGGGGGAGGACGCGCUACUGCGUGAGCUCAUGCGGCGCGGCAACGAGCCUAUCAGUGUGAUCCCCGUGGACAUCCAGGCCUUGUGUCGGGCCCCGCUGCCCCCGCCGCCGUUAAUGGGCGACGCGAUCGUAGCUGCUACGAACCCGACGGUGGAAGGACCGAUUCUGCCCUCGGAUGAUGAAAUCCGCACGGCCAUUAUGAACGCGCUGGAGCGGGUGGAGGCCAAGGAGCCGUGGAAACAGGCCUUCAACUUCGCCGACAUGUCAAUGCCGUUCGACUCGCCCGAGAAGUAUCCGAAGCUGGUUGUGGUGCUGCAGGAGUUCUGGGAGACGUGCGCCCAAGCUGUUUGGGAGCGGCAGUUUUGGGCGCCGCUGUCUCGCGAGCGCUACCAUGAGCUGCACACGCUGCGGAGAGGCCGGCAAAGCAGAGCGCAGAACUCGUUUGAGAAGAACAUCAUCCCUCUCGUCUACAAGGAGUUUGGGGCGGCUUUCUUCGUCCGACUGGACCAGAGUGCCGAGCGCCACUGCAGUUGGUACUACCUCGACCAAGUCGUGGAUUUGUUCACAUUGGCGCAGCGUUGCGGUUUGGCGACGUGUCUGAAGUACAUCGAGUCGGAGGCGUUCACGAGAUUCCCAGUCGCCCCCGGCGUCACCCGCAACUUCUUCUUGAGAGCCAACGGCAAGAGUAUCAGCAUGUGGUCGUCGUCCCCUGCAGUGCGACCGAUAUUGGACGAGAUCGUCGCCUUGAAGGCCAAGACCAAGGACAAGUGA